AACAUGGCUGGGAAAAGAGAGGAGGCGCGAGACAACGGGCGUGGGGUCGUGAUUUCCAAUCAUUGGCCGGGAUAUGACUUGGAUUUAUUCACAUACCCUCGGCACUAUUAUGGAGAUUUGAACUAUGUACUUAUACCUCAUGGUGUCAUUGUGGACAGGAUUGAGAAGUUGGCAAAGGAUAUCAUGAAUGACAUCGGAUACAGUGACAUCAUGGUUCUGUGCGUGCUUAAAGGGGGUUACAAGUUCUGUGCUGAUCUUGUGGAGCACCUAAAGAAUAUCAGUCGAAAUUCAGAUACAUUUAUCUCUAUGAAGGUUGACUUCAUCAGACUAAAAAGUUACCAGAAUGACCAAUCCAUGGGUGAUAUGCAGAUAAUUGGAGGAUAUGACCUUUCUCAACUAGCUGGCAAGAAUGUACUAAUUGUGGAGGAUGUUGUUGGAACAGGGAGGACCAUGAAAUCUUUGCUUGACAAAAUAGAAAAAUACAAACCCAACAUGAUUAAAGUGGCAAGUUUGUUGGUGAAGAGAACACCCAGAAGUGAUAGCUUUCGUCCUGACUAUACUGGAUUUGAGAUUCCAGAUUUAUUUGUGGUGGGCUAUGCCUUGGAUUACAACGAAUACUUCAGAGAUCUCAAUCAUAUAUGUGUGAUCAGUGAACAAGGCAAAGCAAAAUAUCGAGUUUAAAGAAGUACAUUCUCACCACGUGAAAAGCUGCAAUUUUCCUGAACUCCCUAAUUGUCCUAUACCUUUGACUACAAUUAAAAAGCCUUUGCACAUGCGCGCACGUGUGUGUAUAGUGUGUGUAUGAGAGAGAAAGUCAGCUCUUCAGACAUCCCCAUGAAUCAGGAUAUUAAAAAUUGGUUUCAUCUGAAAGCAUUCUUUUCAGGGAUCAUAACAGUUGAGUAGCAUGUCUUCAUCAUGAAGGCUCUUUACUUGAUUUGUUCCAAGUCAAACACUCCACCUGGUGACUCACUACUUCUCUCUACCUUCAUGCUCCCAAAUUACACUUUACUGGCUCAGAUAGUCCUUUGGACUCAAUGUUUUUCUCUAGA